ACACCGGUGUUGUGCAUUCAUCUUCAUCUUGGUCACCCUCCUCCUCCUCGGUUCGCUCAGUCUAUAAUCAGCACGCUGUUUGAUAGAUUUUAUUAGAGGGUAAAGGCUGUUUGUCGGUCGUCGAAAUGGCGUCUAACGAUUAUUCUCAAGCAUCUUCCCAGGGUUAUGGGUCCUAUGGUGGAGGUGGAGGUGGAGGUGGCGGGGCUCACCAGGGCUAUGGUCAGUCUUCUGGCCAGAGUUACAGCCAGCAGGGCUACGGAGGCUACAACCAGAGCUCCGACAGCAGCCCCGGCUCCUACAACCAGGGAGGAUAUGGCAGCUAUGGUCAGCCCCAGUCAGGAGGAUACGGUUCUGCAUCUUCUAACCAGGGUGGUGGUGGUGGUGGUGGUGGUGGUUAUAAUCAUUCCAGUCAGUCUUAUAGCUCUGGAGGCUACAACAACAGCAACCAGCCCCCCAACAUGAGCUACAGCCAGCAGUCAUCCUUCUCUGGGUACAGCCAGCACCAGCCUCCUUCUUCAUCGUCUUCAGGCUACGAAGGCAGCUCACAGGUUUCUGGCUACAACCAACCACAGAGCGGCGGACAGGGUGGAGGUGGUUACGGCAGCGGUGGAGGUCAGAGUGGCGGCUAUGGGGGCAGCGGGAACCACCAGCAACCAUCCCAACACGGUGGAGGCCACUACAACCAGCCUCCGAGCUACAACUCCCCCCCUCCACAGAGCUAUAGCCAGCAGGGCCAGUAUGGUCAAACUGGAGGAUACGGAGACGAAAGCCCACCGAUGAGCGGAGGAGGGGGCGGAGGGUACGGCGGUCCCGACGGAGGUUACGGUCAGGACGGCCGUGGCGGCAGAGGCCGGGGCGGUGGAUUUGGAGGUCGCGGCGGUGGCGGAUACGAUCGCGGUUUUGACAGAGGUGGCCGAGGUGGACCAAGAGGAAGAGGAGGCAUGGGAAUGGGCGAUCGUGGAGGAUUCAAUAAGUUUGGUGGACCAAGAGAGCCGGGACAUGGAGGCCCCAGCUUCAUGCAGGACCAGGAUAACUCUGACAAUAACACCAUCUUCGUGCAAGGCCUGGGGGACGACUACACCGUGGAGUCAGUGGCCGACUUCUUCAAGCAGAUCGGGAUCAUUAAGGUCAACAAGAAGACCGGCCUGCCCAUGAUCAACCUGUACACGGACAGAGAGACGGGGAAGCUGAAAGGGGAGGCCACGGUCUCCUUUGACGACCCCCCCUCAGCUAAGGCUGCCAUCGACUGGUUUGACGGAAAGGACUUCAAUGGAAACCCCAUCAAGGUGUCCUUUGCCACCCGCAGAGCUGACUUUGGAGGCCGAGGUGGCAUGAGGGGGGGUCGGGGACGAGGAGGGCCGAUGGGUCGAGGUGGAUUCGGAGGGGGUCGAGGUGGAGGUUUCUCAGGAGGCAACGGAGGCGGUGGAGGAGGAGGCGGAGGAGGAGGAGGAGGCCAACAGAGAGCCGGAGACUGGAAGUGUUCAAACCCCAACUGUGGAAACCUGAACUUCUCGUGGCGUAAUGAGUGUAACCAGUGCAAAGCCCCGAAACCCGAUGAUGCUGGUGGGAUGCCCCCAAUGGAAAGAGGAGGUUACGGAGGAGAGCGCAGAGGGGGCUUUGAGCGGGGCGGCUUCAGGGGCCGAGGCGGCGACCGCGGGGGCUUCAGAGGCGGCCGAGGAGGCGACCGGGGAGGAUACGGCCUCGGAAAGAUGGACGCGAGGGGUGACCGCAGACAGGAGCGGCGGGGCCGUCCCUACUAAAUCGUCCUCCGAAGACAAACUGCCCCCCUCCCGGCUCGGCACAAAGACCAGUGCGUGCGCCCGCCCUCGCUGGGCGCGGCCCUCACCUUUCACCUUUUAUAUAACUCAUUAACUGUGAUCCUCACGCUGUGGAAAAAUGUGGCUGUCCCUGUUCUCUGUGUUUGUCUGUCAGUUCGUCCUUGUCCUUUCUUCUGCUCAGCGAGGCCUCAUUUAGAAAAGCGGAAUCGUGACGUGGCAAAUUCAUAGACGUUAUUUUCUGAUGAACUUGCACGAAUGAGACAAAUGUGUCUCCGUCUGUCCACAUUCAAACGAAAACGUGUCGUUGAAACGAUCAGAUGUUCUGUGGCCGCUGGCAGAGGAAGUGAAAACAUGGAUGAGCAGUAACUUUGGCUGUCAGCGUCGGAGCCGCUUCAGGUUUCCCCUCAGACCUGCAGACUGACAGCGGCGAUGACGGAUGACUCGACACUUUGAGCCCUUUUCUUUGUUUUCAACUGGAGGUUUAGCAGGUUUGACCGUUCCACUCCCGCGUAGCUUCAUGCUCAGGUGUCAAGUUAGUGUGAGAUAAGACGCAGUUUUUUAAAGAAUCCGUGUGAAUUAAAUCUCAGACUCCAGCAGUUCGAACAGGUAGAUCACAUCAAGGUGCUUUGAUGGGAAAGUAUUCUUUAUCUUUAAUCAAAGUAGACAUGAAGUUCUGCCGUCGACUCAGCAGCUCGUCACGUGUCAAAGCGAUUUACGUUCCAGCAUUUUGUCUUCGUGAUUUUAUUGACCUGUUUUGGCAGCUCGCACAGAUGCUGUGAUUAUAAUUACUGGAAGCCUCGUAUGAAAACAGCCCGAGGGCCUUUCAGCCGCCGCGGUGCAGGCGGACGUCCUCCGAGUGUGAACGAGUAACGUGUCAGGCGACAGCUAACGAUUAUUUUCAUCGUCAACAAACCUGCAGAUUAUUUUCUUCAUUAGCCGAUCGAUCGUUCAGUCAAUAAGCAUCAGGAGGAUGUGAUAAAAGACCCAUCACAGUUUCCUAAAACCCAAAGUGACGUCAUUAAAUGUCAGUUCAAGUUCAAAACGUGUGAGCAAAAUCAGCUAAUUCUUAGAUUUGAGAUCCUGGAAGCAGCAGUGUUGCUUUAAAUAAUAAUAAUAAUAAUCUUAAUAAUAAUAAUAAUGGUAUCAUAAUGAUGAUAAUAAUGAUGAUAAUAAUGGAUUCCUUCAUUCUGACAGUCAGUGCUUCAGACUGGCUAACCUGUGAUCUUUGAUGACCACAGCAACAUUCAUUUUUCUCCGUUAAUCAGCUAAAUGUUGCAUCUUCACCGACGUGACUUCCCUUCGUGGCUUUUGACGUCACGUCGUCGCCUCCCGCUGACGUUCUGAACCGCUUUGCUUUACUUGAAUCUCGGCUCACUGAAAUUCUUCUUUUUAACCUUCAGUAACAUUUUGAUGAACGAGCUGAACCAGUUUCAUCUGCCCACAUCACUCAGAUUAGCAUCUUCAGAUUAGGAUCUUCAGAUUAGCAUCUUCAGAUUAGGAUCUUCAGAUUAGCAUCUUCAGAUUAGCAUCUUCUUAUUAGGAUCUUCAGAUUAGGAUGCACUUUUGUAAAUGAGGCCUCGUGUGUGUGCAGAUGUAUUUAAGAUGUUUUGUUGAGACAGAAGUCUGCUGUGUAUUUAUUAUGUAUGAGUUUUUUUGUAUUGUGCCUGUGCUGGUUUUAAUAA